AUGCCUCAACUGGAUAAAUUCACUUAUUUGGUCAUGUCAGAAUUUGCACCUAUUUGUCUCUCAUUCGUGAUCAGUCUGCUAGUUUCUUUGAUCUUACUCGGUCUGAUUUUUGUUAAUCCAACACGAAAGUUGCCCCCAGGCGAGGUUUUUCCUAUGGCUCUCGGUCUUUUAUCUUGCUUUGGCACUCCUCUUGCCUUUAGUGCCGACACCGUACCUUCCCCUUCGGAUUUGUUUACGUAUACUUCCGACAUGCUAGAAGACUCGGCGAGUUCCGGGCGUAGUAGUAGUACCUCAGCGGUCAAUCAACCGCUUCCGGGGGAACAAGCUAUGCCUCCCGCUCUUCCUGUUAUGCAGGAAGCUGCUCUGCCCUACCCCUAUCAAAAUAAUGAGAUUAUAGGGGGGGACAGUGUUGAAUCCAUCCAACGGAGGCUUUUGGGGAGAUUCCCCUCUCCUUCUGCCCAUGAGAUUCAAAUGGCCCGGAUUGAAGCCGAAGACCUAUUCGAGGUCAAGGUCGAUAUCUGUCAGGUCAUGGCGGGCCUUCACCCAAGCGGGGAUUGGAUGGGACGGGGGGCUAGAGCUCUGGAUAAUCUUCGUACCGCCACAGGGGAGGAGUCCUUAAGUAAGCUCCUUCGAAUGCGUGAGGACCUGGAGACUGCAGGUUUGCAGUCCGCAACCUUCCGGCAAUUGGCCGACAGAGUGCCAUUCCGGGCGGAUGCGGAUCAACACUCAGCCACCUAG